AUGUUUGCCGAGCUUAAAGAGUGCUUUAUGGAGGCCUAUGAUGACAAUCGCGAUGGUAAAAUCGAAAUUCGUGAGUUGGCGCAGUUGCUUCCACUUGAAGAAAGUUUCUUGCUGCUGUUUCGAUUUGAUAAUCCGCUCGAUUCUAGCGUCGAAUUCAUGAAGAUUUGGCGCGAGUACGACACCGACGGAAGUGGUUACAUCGAAGCGGACGAAUUAAAGAAUUUCCUGAAAGACCUCCUCCGCGAAGCUAAGCGCGACACGCUCGACGAGGACAAGCUGAUCGAAUAUACAGACACUCUAUUGCAGCUCUUUGAUCAAGACAAGAAUGGCAAGCUGAAUCUCUCGGAGAUGGCAAAGCUGCUUCCCGUGAAGGAGAACUUCCUCUGCCGUCAGUCUUUUAAGGGCGCCACGAAGCUGACUAAAGAAGAGAUUGAAAGCGUCUUUGCCUUGUACGAUCGGGACAAGAAUGGCACCAUUGAAAACGAGGAGUUGAAGGGAUUCCUGAAGGACCUCCUUGAGCUGGUCAAGAAGGACUAUGAUGCGACGGAUUUGCAGGAGUUCCAAAAGGCUAUUCUCUCUGGUUGCGACUACAAUAAGGACGGCAAAAUUAACAAAAAGGAACUGACCAUGAUUCUUCUGGCGCUGUCAAAGCACUCACAAGAAUAA